AUGGUUGACCCAAUAUUUGACUAUCAAUUUAGGCUCAUUCUGAUCGGUGAUAGCACAGUAGGCAAGAGUUCAUUGCUGAAAUACUUUACAGAUGGAAAAUUUGCUGAGCUGUCCGAUCCUACGGUGGGUGUCGAUUUUUUCGCAAGAAUAAUAGAAGUACAAGAUGGCACAAGAAUUAAAUUGCAACUUUGGGACACAGCUGGACAAGAAAGAUUUAGAUCUAUUACAAAAUCUUACUACAGAAAUUCGGUUGGAGCACUUUUGGUAUACGAUGUAUGCAAUCGAUCAAGUUUCGAACAUAUACCUCUUUGGAUGAUGGAAGCUAAAAGACAUAUAGAACCUCAUAGGCCUGUUUUUGCUUUGGUUGGUUGUAAAGUGGAUCUUGUUGGCCCUGAUAAUAAAAAUGGAGCACGAAGAGAAGUUUCUUGUGAAGAAGCUAGGAUGUUUGCUGAGGAAAACGGUCUACAUCAUGUGGAAACAUCGGCAAAAACAGGACUCAAUGUGGAAAGAGCUUUCAUCCUUGUUGCUCAAGAAGUGUACAAUCGCAUACAGACUGGGGAAUACAAAGUUGAAGAUGGAUGGGACGGCAUCAAGACUGGCUUCAACAGACCCAAUGGUAUGGACUUCAAUCUACUUGAGGCGGAGACUGUACAGUCUACUUGUUGU